AUCCUCAAUGAUUUACAGUUUUAUUUUCUAGCUUUUAAACUUGAUUGAAUUUUUAAAAUUUAGCAACAUGGCAUUUAAAAUUGAUUUGCAUUCUCAUAUAUUGCCAAAAGAAUGGCCCUGUUUAAAGCAGAGAUAUGGCUAUGGUGGAUGGAUCCAACUUAAUCAUUGCACAGAUGGUAGCUGUAAUAUGAUGAAAGAUGAAGAGUUCUUUAGAAAAAUUAAUUCCAACUGCUAUGAUCCAGAAACAAGAAUCAAAGAAAUGGACGAUACAGGUGUUGCUGUUCAAGUUCUCUCCACUGUACCAGUUAUGUUUAGUUAUUGGGCUAAACCUGAAGAUACACUAGACCUUUGUCAGAUGUUCAAUAAUGACUUGGCCGAAACAGUAGCAAAAUAUCCAAAGCGGUUUAUUGGUUUAGGAAGUAUUCCAUUGCAGGCCCCAUUGCUUGCUGUUAAAGAACUUGAAAGAUGUAUAAAAGAAUUGAAAUUUCCUGGAAUUAUCAUUGGUUCUCAUGUUAAUGAUUGGAAUCUUGAUGCAGAAGAACUUUUGCCAGUAUUUAAGGCAGCAGAAGAAUUAGGCGCAUGCAUUUUUGUUCAUCCUUGGGAUAUGCAAUCAGAAGGAAGAAUGGCAAAAUAUUGGUUACCAUGGUUGGUUGGCAUGCCAUCAGAAACCACUGUAGCAAUUUGUUGUUUGAUAUUUGGAGGUGUUUUAGAGAAGUUUCCUAAUUUAAAAUUUUGUUUUGCACAUGGAGGAGGUUCAUUUCCUUUUACUAUUGGACGAAUACAACAUGGCCAUGAUGUUCGCCCUGACCUUUGUGCUGUUUCUAAUACAAAUCCACCAAGAAAAUAUAUUGGGAAAAUAUAUACAGACAGCUUAGUUCUUGAUGCUGAAGCUUUAAUUCAUCUUGUAAAAGUAAUAGGAGAUGAUCGAGUAAUAAUGGGUUCCGAUUAUCCAUUUCCUCUCGGGGAACACGAGCCGGGCAAGUUAAUUGAACAAUCCUUGUUUUCAAACGAAGUUAAGGAAAAGCUAUUAGCUCAGAAUGCCGUUGAGUUUCUUGGUAUAGAUAGAAGGUAUUACGAAAUGUAAAUUUUAUAUGUUUGUAAAAACUUUUUUCUUAA